UUUAUCCGGAAGAAGUUACGGCGUGUAGCUGUAUCUUAGGUUGUAUACCAAACUCUGGCGAAGGAUAGAAAUACGCUUUCUUUUAUUUACGUUUUUUGUGUUUUAAAUCACGAGUUUGUCAGUCUAGUUUAACUUCAUAAUGUAGAGGAGCUAGCUAACGCUCGUUUGCUAGCGGAAAGCCGGCACAGAGGGACGGUUACUUUGUUGACCCUCAUCCGCACGUCUUACCGCUCUUUGGUCAUGUUUCUGUACCCAACACAUUUUCUGUUUUGGGGCAUUUUAAAGGGUCACUUCUUCGGCCACUCUGUACGUGGAGGACCUACGGUGCGCUAUGGCUUCUAGCUAAACUCGACUGACUGGUCGUCGUCAUGCCGAGAGAAGCGACGUCCGCUCCGCUGACGGUGACUGUGCUGGCAGUGCUGUGGGUCAGUGUGGGUCGGUGCCAUGUCUUCGGAUCUCUGGGGCAAGGAUGUGAUAAUGGAAAGCUCUCUUUGGAGAGGGACCUGCCUGCGGAUGCUGUUUAUUGGGACUGUGCUGCGUCUGCAUGGCCAGAGUUUACUCAGAGACUUCCGAGUAUUGACACAGCGUACAAUCCUGAGCCAGCUAGGCAGAUAUGCAUGGAUAAAUCUAUCUCCUACUAUCACCGCAUUCCUAACAGUGGAGCAUACAGACCAAUAGGAGCAGAGAGCGGAGAGUACUUGUACUGUCCUCCUCAGCGGUGGCUCAAUAACUUGCAGCGUGGAGCGGCGGUUUUGCUCUACCAUCCGUGUGCACCACCUCGCGAGCGUCAGAUCCUGUCCGACUUGGCUCGCUCCUGUCUGCAGUCCUACAUCUUGACCCCACACCCACAGCUCAAUAAACACAUGCCUGUAGCUUUUGUGUCCUGGGGUCGCACCUUGGAGCUGUCCACCGCCGCGUCUUUAGACCUCUGUGAUUGGCUGGAGGUCAAUCACAGAGAUCAGACUUCAAGAAAAGAGUCUGAUGGUGUGACGCAGAUGAGGAAGUAUGCCCUGCUGCUGACCUGGUCAGCAGAGCUGCAUCAGCUAGAACAAACAACAAAAAUGAAGGAUUCCCUGAGGCAGUGUUGUGAGCGGACCAUCUAUUCUCUGUUAAGCGGAGCUACAGAGGCUGAACUAGAGCACAGCGUGAAGACCGAACGCUCAAAACAAACAAAAGUGGGAAGCAAAACCAGGCAGAUGAGAGCUGCCCUGAAAGUUGUUGACAGCAAUGAGAGCAAUAACACUAUGGCAAAUGUCUCCAGAACUGUUCCUCAGCGGUCAGGAGAUGGUCAGAAUAACAGCAGCACGCUUGGAUCAUCAGCAGAUCAGAGGAAACCUUUUGAUCUUUCUAGCUCCAGAGAAGCUCCUCAGGUUCCAACUCAAGCCUCUAAACCCAGGCUCACAGCUCCCUUGGCCUUAAAUAUCUCUGAGACAGAAGCUCAGAAAGGCCUCAGAAAACUGAACCACUCUCCUGUUUCUGCACAUGGUGUGAGCAGUAAACGCACCUUUACCGACAGGCCUGAAGCCCUGAUUCUCAAGGAAACAGACUCUAUUAAACACAAUACCAAAGUGGACAAGUCUAAAGAGAAAAUCUUCGACUCAUCUGACGGCAACAUGGAGGAUAAUGAAGUGGUAGAUGUAAAGGAGAGAGAGCUGGAGCAUACGCAGAUCCAAUGCGCCCCAGGAUCUCACCAAAAAAGUGAAAGCACUGGCUCCGACUUUGUGCCUAAACCCCAGUCAGAGGCUCAGGCACAACAGCAUCCACAGACAGCCAGCCACAGCCAGCCUAUCAGCCGUGACUGCAACAGCUGCGCACCAGGUGAACACUGUGACUGUGUCAAGGCCUCGGGAUCAGAGGCCCAAGCUGCUGCUGCUGUUGUAUAUAGAGAGCUGCAAAGGACCCCGAGGACGGACGAAGCGGCGUGGGCAGCAGCGGCACUAGGCUUCCUGCUGGUUCUCCUGACUCUGUCAGUGCUUCACACUCGUCUGUACCGCCACUGGAGGAUCACGCCAAGCCUUUACUGGCACAACCCAAGCGACGACUAUGACAGCGUUGCAGAUGUGAUCCGCAGAAGGUUGCGAAUUGCAAAGAGAAGGCAGAAAAGGGGCAGAAGGCAAGAAUGCGUUCUCCUGCCGAGCUCCUCCAGCUCAGAUGAAUGUCCGUAGAACUGAAAGAAACACCCCCAACACUGUUUGGGAAGAGGGGACCUGAAGGAAAAGAAAAAGGGUGUGUUAUGUAUGUUGGACUCGUCUUACAUGUAGCUGUCUUACACCUACGGUGUGCAGUUUAUCUGAGAGAACCUAAAUGUUGUAAAUUACGCACACUAUAACAGCCCUACAACCACAAUGAACAGGCUCAUAGGAAUUUGACAGAGGACCCACCAUGUCAUAUUUUUAACAUGUGAAUAUUUUUUUAAUUGAAAGGACAAAAAUGUUUUAUCCAAAAGAACGGUUAACUUAUAAC